AUGAUUCCAGCGACCAAACGCCCUAGAGAAGAAUACCCCGUCGCUUCUGUGCUGUCGGGGAAGGCUCUUGUUGAUGAAGGGGCUGGUAACGACCCUGAGCGCCACCAGGUGAAGCGCCUGCGCGGCGCGAACCCGGAGGCACAUCCUGCGCGGCGCUUGGGCCACCACUCUACUUGGCGCUAUCAUGCUAACGGAAAACCCCCGGCCCAUACGGGACACGAACACUCGCGUGGCGCUAACAGCAACACGUCGGGGACCACCCUCACCGGCGCGGGUGGCGCUGACCGAUCGCCUCAGCGUAUGCGAUCAAUGUAUCAUAAUCCUUCCGUCUAUACCACGGGGAACGCUCUUCCACUUUGCGAUGCGGCCGGAGGUCCAGAGAUGUCUCCGACCUUCACUGACGCCAAAGUUGAACCCAUCCAGCGCUGCGUCGCUGAGCUAGGGGAGCUGCCUUCGCACAGGGGCGAGCCUCCGCAAGGCUUCGUUGAGUCCGUAGACUCCGUGCAGGCUACAGUCGCCACAAAAGAGUGUCGGCCCUUCAGGGCAGCCAGGCCUGCAGCUGCCCCCGUCUCUUCUGAGCAAGGUCAAGUCGAGGAUGAUCAAGACAUCAUGGAGGUCGAGUCACUCUGCAUCGUCGACGGCGGUGACACCGGGAGCACGGUUCUACCUCCGAAGUCGAACGACGGCGGUGAGAGGAUGCACCAGGAUAUCGUACGCAUGCGACAGGACAUCAUGCGUAUGCAUGAGGAUAUGCUUCUCUUGCGCGCUUCCACAUCCUGUCUACAGAAGGAUGUCAUCGCCAUCAUUGGCCUCAUUACAGACAUCAAGGGCCAGCUUGCGAAAGCCGUGCGAGGCGCGUGA